GGGGGGGGCAAACAAAAAGAAAAGAAAAAGAAAAAGGAAAACAAAAUCGUAGCGAAAAGCUACCGACAAACCAGCUGGGCGGCAUUGCGCUUGGCCUACGAAACGCAGCGUCGUGUUGGGUGACUGUGCCGGAAAAACAAAAUCCCCGCCCCCUUCCCGGGUGCGUUGUGUGGGAACGGCCACUUUUCGCGGCCAGGUGUGUGUGUGUAUGUUUGGCGUCGGGAAACCCGGCUUUUGGCAGUGACGCAAUUUUUGGCCUGUCCAAUCGUUGUUGGCAGGCACUCCGCGUGUGAAGUGUUUGCGUGCCCUUCGCUCGUGGUUGCCGAGAUCAAUCUUCCGUUGUUUUGUGCCAUUUUCCGAAUAUUUGUGUGUGUGUGUUUGAGUGUAUUUGUCAGAGGGAUUGUGGCGCUGUGUGACCGUAGAAACAUAAAAAAAAUCGUGCCGAAAAGAAUUGUGCAGCGCCUGCAAGUGCAUUCGAGUGUGGCAAAAAGAUCCAUCCGCUCCGCUCCCGGUUAUAAGGGUAGCAGCAGGGUAGUGGCAUAUAAGUGGCUCGCCGGGUUGUGGCACGAUUUGCCUUUCCGGCGAACGCGAGCGUUUCAGUAAAACAGGGUGGUUUAGCUAGUUAGCAACGAAUGGUGUGUGUGUGUGUGAGAGAGAGUGUUGUGCUAGUGUGGCUGUGUAUAUUUACAUCAAGUUCAUAGAAUUUGUGAAUCCUGUUCGAUACACGAAUACAGUGAGUUGUUUCAGCGAGCGGCGCAAUCGGAGCCGUUGAGCGCGCUGAGUGAGUGAGUUGCGCGAGCGGCAAGCGAUGAGCGUUCGAUGCCGGUGAAAAAGCCGCCAAGCCUAGUGAGAUUGUAGUGCAAAGCGUACCAGAAAAGAGCGCCUGAGUUAGUGUGUGCGCGUGUGUGUGUGCUGCAAGAGUGGCUGCCAACGGAUGGCAAGUGUGAUGGUGAUGGCCAUCGCGAAAGCAUCUCUAGCCGCGGCAAGAUGAAGCAUUCGGCCGUGAUCGUUUCGCACAUUCGACCGGUGGCGCCGUAAUGGUCGCUAGUGAAGUGUGAAAUAGUGCUAAAAUUGUGGUGUAUUAGUAAUACGUGGCACCCGUAGCGAUUAGUAGUAGUAGCAGCAGCAGCAGCAGCAGCAGCAGCAACAGCAGUUUGGCACUACCUACCUCUUCCAUUGCCGCGUGUCCCCAAACCACUACCUACCAACGUGUCCGCAAACCGAUCCCGUCAGCCGUUGCAUUCUUUCCUCCCAACUUCAACCUCCUCUCCACUCACCUCACUCUUCCCCCUCUCCCAUCCCCUUCGUAACAUACAGCCGUGCAUAGGUCAUGGUUAUCCGAUGUGCAUUCAAUUAAAAUUUAAAUGAGCAUUUGGUGAUGUCAUUACGUUCGGAUGAUAAUGAACAGGAUUAUAUUCGGGGUGUUUCUCAUCCUCACCUGCCGGCCCCCGUCCGCACCAAGGGCCCCGCUAGCGGACCACCAGCAACAGCGGCCAGCGUCCGGCUACGGCACAGCAGCACCGGGAGGAGCGGGUGGCGGCAUCGUCGCCGUCCAGGCGACUCCACUUGCACAAGUACCAACCUUGGCAUCUGGAGGAGCCGAUUCGACGAUCAACCCGUUCAUUCGGUACUGGGAACCAGCCCGUUUCGACCGCGGUCUGCUAGAUGUGGCCCACCAGCACCACGAGCAGCACCGAAGGCGCCGCCGGAGCAUCAACUACGAGCAUGGUUCCGCCGCGUACGGUCCAGCCAAUGUGGUGCGGUUAAACUUUCGGGCUCAUGAUCGCGAGUUCCGGUUGGUGCUGCGGGAGGACCCGCGGUCGGUGUUUUCCCGGGACGUCCAGAUCGAGAACACCGAGGGCCCGCUGGACUACGAUCUGUCGCGGAUCUACACCGGCACGGUGGAAGACGAUGAACACUCGCACGUCCACGGUGUGCUGACCAGCGACAACCUGUUCGACGGUACGGUUGUCACGAACCUAGAGCAAUACUACAUCGAACCGGCCGCCCGGUACUCGCCGGAGCUCGAGCGGCGGCACGGUGUCCAUACUGUGAUCUACAAACUCAGUGACGUGAAAAUUCACCAGAACCACCACGGUCACCAUCGGCCGGACCGCGGACCGGAGCGGGCGCGCAAUGGCAGCAGUGAUGCCGGUGAACGUGUGUUAAAUUUAGCAACCAUCCAGUCUAGCCCUAGUACUCAAUUCAAUCACGUGCGUGAAGCUGACGGACAAAGCGAACAACGGGCGGCGGAAGUGGACAGCGGAAGGCCCGAAACAACGAAGCAACGUCGCCCGGGAAGCGCUGCGCUGCGGAAAAUGCGCCGAAAGCGGCGCUGGCUGGAGGAGGACGAAGUGAUACAGGAGAGCAGAAACCCAUCGCUGCCAUUAGAUCUAGAGGUGCCGUACAACAAUGACUACACGGUAGUGCGCAGCCACGGCAAGACAGCGAACGGUGGGGGCAGCGGAAGCACGAUGGAUACCGGCGGUGCGGCCGUAUCUGGAGCGUCCGGGUCCGCUCCUUCUCCCACCCGUCCCACCAUCAACCGGACGGUCAAUCGGGGCAUUAUCGGUGGAACGGGCGUCGGGAGUGGGGCACCGACCGCCCGGACGCCCACGACCGCAGUGAACAAUCGGAAGAAUCACUUCCUGUACAACAUUUACAAUCCGCACGGCAGCGGUAGCACGAUCAUUACCGGCGGUGGCAUCGUCGGGGCCGGUGCGGAACAGUUCCCGUGGACGCGCACGAUCAACGCGACCGGUACGAACCACAACAAGGAUCACUACGUGGAAAUCAUUACCAAGAAUGGGUCGACGCGCAAGAACGUGCCGGUCGCGGAUCAUCCCGAUGUGAUGGUGAACGGCAACAUUAACCUGAACGUGCGGAACGAUCUGCACGACCACCAUCACCAUCAUCAGCAGCAGUUGCUUCAGCAGCAGCAGCAGCAGCAGCAGAAGGAGCAAAAAUCGUUUGCCAACUCGCUGUACGAUCGGAAGAGCACGUGUAUGUUGUAUCUGCAGGCGGACCAUACCUUCUUCCAGAAGAUGGGCUCGGACGAGGCGAGCAUCGAGGCGAUCACGCGGCACGUGCAGCGGGCGAAUCUCAUCUACAGAAAAACAGAUUUCAACGGCGACGGAAAGCCGGAUAACAUCACCUUCAUGAUCAAGCGCAUCAAGGUGCACAACCAAAAUGCGCUGAAGGAUCCAUCGUACCGGUUUCCCGGAAACUAUGGUGUGGAAAAGUUCCUAGAGCUGUUUUCGGAGGAAGACUACGACGCGUUCUGCUUGGCGUACAUGUUCACCUACCGCGACUUCGAGAUGGGCACACUCGGGCUGGCCUGGACCGGUGACCUCAAGAACGCUGGCGGCGUCUGCGAGAAGAAUGGGCACUAUCGCGGUUCGCUGAAAUCGCUCAACACCGGCAUCGUCACGCUGCUAAACUAUGGCAAACACGUUCCGCCGGCCGUAUCGCACGUAACGCUGGCCCACGAAAUCGGACACAACUUUGGCUCACCGCACGAUCCGGAGCAGUGUACGCCGGGCGGUGAGGACGGCAACUUCAUCAUGUUUGCGCGCGCGACGUCCGGCGACAAGCGCAACAACAAUCGCUUCAGCCCGUGCUCGCUGAAAGCCAUCGAACCGGUGCUGAACGCGAAGGCCCGCAGCGCCAAGGGUUGCUUUACCGAGCCGCAGGAAGCGAUCUGCGGCAACGGGGUGGUGGAACCGGGCGAACAGUGCGACUGCGGCUGGGAGGAGGACUGCAAGGACUCGUGCUGCUAUCCGAUGUCGCGCCAUCCGCGCUUCGACCAGAAACCGUGCACGCUGACACCGAAGGCACAAUGCAGCCCAUCGCAGGGACCGUGCUGUACGCUCGAGUGUACGCUCAAGCUCGGCGACAAGUGCCGGGACGACAAUGGGUGCCGCGAUCCGGCCUACUGCGACGGGCAGAUGCCGGUCUGCCCGCCGUCCAUCAACAAGCCGAACAAGACGAUCUGCAACAAGGAGUACGUGUGCUACAUGGGCGAGUGUACCGGCUCGAUCUGUCUGGCGUACGGGCUGGAGAGCUGCCAGUGCGCGGUCGGCCCGACCGAUCCGGCCAUCAAGGCGUGCGAGCUGUGCUGCAAGCAGCCGGGCGAGGACCGGCCCUGCCUGAGCUCGUUCGACUGGAACGAGCCGCCGUUCGACGUGCCGGACAUGUACGCCAAGCCGGGCACACCGUGCAACGACUACAACGGGUACUGCGACGUCGCGCAGAAGUGCCGCGAGGUGGACCCGUCCGGGCCGCUCGCGACGCUGCGGAAGCUGCUGCUGUCCGAGGAAAGCAUCGCCAGCUUUAAGCGGUGGAUACUGAGCAACUGGUACACGGUGGCGCUGAUCGUGACCGCCGUCCUGGUCCUGCUGGUGCUGAGCGCGAAGCUGCUGGGCAAGCGUACCAAUCUAAAGCUGAAGACGGUCACCAUCAUCCACAGUGCCACGACGGAAACGGUCCGGCUGCCGGAGGACAACAACGGCGUGAUAGUGCACACCGCCGUCCGGACGAAGGUGCCGCUGAAAAAGAAGGUGCGGGGCGAGCGGUCGAAACCGGGCGGCAAGGGCGGCAAGGGCGGCCCCCCGCAGACGAAACCCGUGGCGGCCUCGGUGCCGAAGCAGCUGCUAACGACGCUGACGGGCGGGAACAGCGCCGCCACCACCACCACCGCCGUGCUACCGUCCACGUCGAAGGAGCUGCAGCAGCGCCAGCAAGCGUCCGGGACGGGCGGCCCAACCAGUGGCGGCACCAGCCACCACACCGCCCUCACCACCAAUCCAGCCACCAUAGUUAUUAAGCAGGUGAAGCGGCACGUCGGCCGCACCACCACCACCACCACCACGAUCGUUGGCGACAGCCCGAAGAAGCUGCUGCGCAAGAAGAAAAAGCGUGGCGGCGGCGGCGGAGGAGCUGCUGCCGGUGCCCCAUCGGACGAGUCGCCGGUAAAGGAAUCGCCCACGGCGGCGGCGAUCAAGCAGCCGAAGAAACACAAGAAACCGAAAUCCAAACACAAAGAGGUGAUCGACUACUCCAGCCGGAACGCGUCCGACGCGCACAGCCACAGCAACACGUUCGGCAAGGUGCACCGCUGGCUGCUGGAGUCGCCGUCGGCGGCGGCGGCGGCGGCCACCGCUCCCGGUGGUUCGUACGAGCAUGCUCCUGCUCCACCGGCCGCCGUGCCAAACCUGCUCGCCAAAUCGCAGUCGACGCCGGACCAUCUGGCGCAGCAGCAGCCCGUGCCGGUGGUGGCGCCGAAGAAGGUGGCGCGCGUCAAGACGAAAUCGGUGGGCAAUCUGAACGAGAAGGUGCGGCUGCAGGUCGUCUACAAGCCGCCGUUCAAGUUUAGCCUGAAGCUGUCCAAAACGGACCCGGCGGCAGGGUCGGGCGUGAAGACGCACGUCGUCGCCGGCCCGGGUGGGCAGCGCAAAACGCGUCCCCUGGCCGACCGGAAGCGCGUUGGACCGGGCGGUGCGGGCGAGGAAGCACAGCAACACGCCGCGGCCCGGAAACGUUCGGCCAUACUUGUGCGGCAGCAGCAGCAGGCGGAGGAAAAGCUCCCGAUCAUCAGCAGUGCGCCGCUGUCCGAGCCGAACUAUGAAACGCUCAAUCCACGGCACGGGCCACCGGGCGGGGAGCCGGUGGACGGUGACGGAGAGUCGCACACGUACGAGAAUGUAACGUUCGACGGGGACGGAGACGGGGAUGGGCAGCCGGCAGUGGACGACCCCGCCCCGAUCGCGCCCCCCAAUCCAGUGCCAUCGAUCAACACGGCCACGUUCCGGAUCAGCCGGAGUGCGAGCGGGACGACGCGGCUGCCGAGCCAGCACGCGCUAGCGAAGAGUGCGACCCAGCCGGAUCGGCUGGCCGGUUCGGUGCGGGGCAGCACGUCCAAUCUGGUGGCGGCGGGUGGCGCCCGGGACCGGCAGCGACGGUCGAGCGUGCACAACAGCACCACAGCGUUCCGGGCGUUCGGUGGCGGCGGCGGCGGCGGUACGGACAGUACGGAGUGUUUGAUCCGGUCCAGCACGACCAACCUGGCCAAACCGAACAGCGGGAAGCGUAGCAGCUUCGCCGACCGGAAGCGCUCCAGCACGACCAACCUCAGCCGCCACCAGUCCGGCUCCGCUUCGAAUCUGCACUCGCUCAAGCGGCACGGCUCGUCCAGCCAAACGCUGCACCAGGAACCGGGCGGCAGCCGGCGGAACAGUAUCACCCAGCCGGCGAAGCUGUCCCGCUCGGCCUCGAACGGUGUGCCGACGGCGGGAAGGCACGGCAACGGUGGUGGUACGCUCGGCAGCAACAACUCCGGCUCGAGCAAUGGUAGCAAUGGCCAUCAUCCGCACCACCACCAUCGACGCAGCAGCGUUGGCGGGGCGAAACCUUCGUCGAGCCAUGCGCCAGCGCAUCACCAUCAGCAGCAGCCGGCACUGGCUCCCCUGGCACGGCAAACGUCACUGCACGGGAAAGCGAACGGCCAUCAUCCUCACCACCAUCAGCAUCAGCAUCACCAUCACCACCAGCAGCAGCACAACCAUCAUAUGGGUCGCCCACACACGUCGUCCUGUGCGGAUGAUCCGAAAGCUCAGCGACCGUUCGAGUGGCCGAUGGGGGUUGGGGGCAGUGGUGGUGUUGGACGCCGUCCACCGCACGACGAACCGCUCCCGUCCGAUAUGGAGGUGAUGGUUUCGGACGUGGAGAAUCUGGUCUGCGAUGAUAGAUAGCGACAAACCAGUUUGCCAAGCGAUUAGUAGAAGGUUGAAGAGGGAAGGGGGGGAGCAAUGAUGGUGACGACAUGUCGAGUACACACACACACACACACACACACACACACACACAUAAAUACAAGUGAUAAGUGAGUAACAAUGGAACGACAACAGCCUACAGAAAGAGGUGUACAGUGAGUCCAACAAGUAUGCGUCUAGCUCAAUAUUUAGCAGGAAAAGGCGAAUUAUGGGCGCAAUAGGCAUAGGUCGGUUAUUAAAAACAUAGGUUAUUGAAACAAAAACUUGCUCAAUUUGGUUUCUGAAUACUACUAGUGACUAUAGUCUUGUAGACUAUUAGUGAUUACAAGAUCAUCACGUUAACUCAUUUGAGCCGCAAUAAGGGCCUAUUUUUGACCCACUUUUCCUACACGACUUAUUCCAAUGACUGUCUGGUAGUAAUAAUAUUCAUUUUCAGGCCACUUUGCCAAGUUUAAUUGAAAAAAAUAGGCAACUGAUACCAUAUUUAGAGCCUACUUUAGCCGUUUUCAUCUGUUUGGUUUCGGCUGGUUUGGUGUUUUGGGCAAAUGACAAUGCUCUGUAUGUUCUCCCGCUCGACUGACCAUGUGUGCGGUUGAAAUAUGUGGAACUUUUAAAGUAAAAAUUCUCAGAACUGGGACUCAAAAUACUUAAAAAACUACAAGACGAUUUUUCCAAAUCUCUUUUCCCAUAAAUUUGAAUCUUUUUUCUAGCUCACCUUUCCUCACUGAGCCCUGAUAUCCUGGCACCGCGGUGCUACCGUGGCACGAGAUUUUGCUGCCGCAUCUUAGUAGACUGUUUUCGCCCACUGGUUUCGGCCAAACGUGGCCCAUCUCUGCUCCUUGGCUAUCUUAUUGGUCAUCGCAAAAUGCACUGAUUCGUGGUUUAUGCUUGAUUUUUUGGGACAUUGAACCGCUCCUUUCCGGAAGAUUAACGGUCGAGGAUGGCUGCCGAGUUGACAGUUUGACACACAUUUUGUGUCAGAAAAAUGCGCAAAAGUAGGGAUUAGAUCUCCCACAUGGCUUACAACCUACUCGAAGUUGGAAUUGAAACAACAAAAAUGUAUUAAUUUUUAAACGAGCAAGUAGCAGAAUGAUAAUAAUACAUUUAAUUCGUGUCUACGUAGUGUUUGGCCAGCAUAGAUGAGCCAAAAGCUGGAUAGACGAAUACUUUUUGCGCAACCUGCCAAACGACCCUUUUUUUUAGUCUUUUUCGUAUUGUAGUUGCUAUUGUACUAUUAAAAUGCAUUUUGUUUUUGGCCAAAGGUUUUUAUAUUGAUGGUCCCUUUAUCAAACCUCACCAUUACUUUUAUCGACCCAUGCCUAUUGCGGCCUUAAUUCGCCUUUUUGCUGUAAACUAUUCAGCAAAGACGAAUACUUUUUGGACUCACUGUAUGCAAUUGGAGAGAAACAUAGAGAGCAAAAAAGGAACAAACACAAAAUGGCUCCGAUUUAGAUGAAGAGUGACAAACGAUAAACGCCAACGUCAAUCAACACCACCAGUGUGCACACUGGAAUGCAGCAGAACAGCGGACAGACACAACACAACACACGUGCCUGCUUGGAUGGCGAAGACGAGAAGAACGAAGCUGUAGGCGAUGGUAGUAGUGUGUAGUGUGUGCGCAAGAUGGCACUGUUUUUAAAGCGCCUCCCCUCGAAAGCUCUAUAGCGCUAGGAAUUUCCCGUGUCCCGUUUGUUUUCCACCACAUCGCACUAAGGGUUAGUUUUUAAGCAGAAAGCAAAGGGAAGAUAUAUUUAUUAGAAUACGCUCAGAAAGGUACGUUCAUUUCAUCCCGCUCAUCCCGUACUAUAUGGCCACGUGGCGUCAUCGCAAUGGAAGCGCCUGGUACUUUGUACGAAUUGGAUUACGAAAUUGUGUUUAACCAUCCCUCAACAGCAACCGUUUGGUCAGUCAGACGAAGUGAGGUAGGGUUGUGUGUGUGUCUCUCUUUGUUUUCCACAUCCCAUCACAAUGACGAUUGCGCGUGUGUGUGUGUGUGUGUUGUUAUCACUAUAAUUUGGGUUAAAGUUUUAUUUCCUGUAAAUGCCGUGCCAAUUAGAAAAUGAAAGAUUCCAUCAUAAAACAAACACACACAGAAGAACAGGCUGCUCGAUACAAAGCUACUGCCAGAUUGCAAGAUUCCUUCCAGCUUUUCCGGGUUGUUGGUGGGGGUGAGGGGGGGGGGCAUUAUUCCUUCAGUUUGUGUGCCUCCCCGGGGAAAAAUAGAUAAUUUUAAGGCACACAAACAACACUAGAGAACACACAAACACAACCGCAAGAGAGAGAAAAAAACAAGCUUUUUCGUAUUUUAACAUGCAAACGGAACAGAUGAUCCCAUUUCCCGGGGUUUUGUCUCUCGCAUUAUCUUCUUCCCCUCCCCCUUUUCCCUCCCUCCCCUUUGACCAAGCUAACUGACCUAUACAAAACACGAAUCAUAUCAUUAGAACAAUUUUUCCAAAUAGUAAUGUUUUGUAACACAGUAAAGAAGGACGGUAAAGCAGGAGAAACUAAGGACAGAGAGAGAGAGAGAGAGAGAGAGAGAGAGAGAGAGAGAGAGAGAGAGAGAGAGAGCGUGCUGAAUAUUUUUUGGAAAACUAUUUUUAUCAUCGUUCGGUUUUAUCGGCUCACCCGGGUUGGCAUUGCUGCAGAUGUGGGAGAGAGACAAGAACGAGAGGGGGAGUGUAAGCGGGGCUUUUUACUAAGCGACAGGAAGCAUCACUGCACUGGAAGAAGGUAGAAAUGAGAUUGAGAUGGAAAAUCAAACAAAAUCAAAUCACCCGGUGUUGUAUCAUACUUUCGAGACGGUUUAGUUUAGGGCAGGACGACCUCAGUGUGCCCGCAAUGAGGAGCCACUGAUACACUGAUUAGCCUGAGUGCGACGCCAUAUUGCAAUUACAGGACUACAGAGGGCGGGUACUACCACCCUCCCCCAAAAUGCUGCCGAUAUUAACUGCUAACACAGAAACAAAACACACGGACGGAGAGAGAGAGCUGAUUUGUAAAUAAAGUAGAAAAAAAGAAAGAAAUAAAAAAAUGGCAGAAGAAGGCUGCCUUCCUCUCCAACUCUCCACCACGGGAGCAGGGUGGGUUGAUGGGAGGGUGGUGUUUGAGACCGGUGUUUAGAUAUGUGUAUAUUUAAGACGAUCGCUUUCUGUGUAAACAAUUAACUGUGCGAACGGAACGAAACAAUGGGGCACGUUGAGGAGGAAGAGGCGGGUGCGGCGUGGAUUUAGCCUGCUCUUCCUCCUGUGUCCUGUUUUAGGCUCUUAUCUGCAUUACACAUACACACAAACACACAGCAUAAAUAAGCGGCAAUAAUACACAUUAUUAGCACGGUAAGCGAGAACGAUAAUCGGAUAAAUUGAAAAAGCAGGUCGAGAAGCAGGAGGAGGAAGCAGGGAGGGGUGGAUGAAGAAGCAAAGAGCAAAGUGGACAACUAAUAAGAAACUAAACAUAUAAGAUAAAUGUGAUUCUAAUCUUAUAGAAAAACUCAUAGGCUUAAGGAACAGCAAACAGACAAGAGAGGACAGGAAACACUAACACAGCCCAUACACACAAACACUUGCAGGAUGGAAUGCAAGAGAGAAUGUAACAGAAGAAAUACAUUGAGCAGAGAGAAGAAAAUUAAAAUGAUUAAAAACAAUGAAAACACAAUACACAAAACCA